AUGGGCAUGCUUAUGCUUUCAUAUCAGACAAAAAAAGAGAGGAUAGGACUUGCCCUUGCUGAUUUGAUUCCUAAUGCCGAACAUAGACAUUGUGUGAGGCACUUCAACAACAACUUUAAGGCUUCACAUUUUGGCUUGACUUUGAAGCAAAUUAUGUGGGAUGCAGCUAGGGAAACAACUAAACCUUGGUGGCAAUGUCAUAUGGAAAGGCUGAAAAUAGAAAGUGAGGAAGCUUGGAAGUGGCUCCAUCCAAAACCAGCUGAAUAUUGGAGUCGAUCACACUUCAAACAACAUUAUAAGUGUAACAACUUGUGUGAAGCUUUCAAUGCUUCCAUCUUGAAGGCAAGGGGUAAACCAAUUCUUGGAAUGCUUGAGGCUAUAAGGACUAAUCUCAUGGUGAGGAUGGCAAAUAGGAGGGUUGCUGCUUGGAAGUGGAAAAGGUCAAUUGGUCCAAGGAUUGAGAAAAUUGUUGAGAAAAACAAGCUUGAGGCUGGGUAUUGCAAUCCAAUAUUAUCUGGGGAUAUGAAGUAUGAAGUGACAAACAUGUAUGGAGGACAAUAUGCUGUGGAUCUAGGAACAAAAUCAUGUUCUUAUGGGAGAUGGCAAUUUUGUGGAAUCCCAUGUCCUCAUGCAAUUUGUUGCAUUUUUAGAAGAAAGCAGGACCCUUAUGACUAUGUACAUAACUACUACAAGAGGGAUGCUUAUCUCAAGUGUUAUAAUCCUAUUAUAUCACCAAUGCCUAGCAUGGAUCAGUGGAUAACCUAUGGUCCUCACCCUUUGCUACCUCCUGUGUUUAAGAAGCAAGUUGGGAGGCCAAGACAGAAGCGGAUUAGAGAGCAAGGAGAGCCACCAGCUUCCACAUUAGGAAAAAAACUGAGGAGGUGGAUUUAUGACAAGUUCAAAUGCACUAAAUGUGUCCAAGAGGGCCACAACAAGAAAACAUGUGGGACAUCCUAA